AUGGCUGCAACAGCUGUUAUUGGACGAUCAUUUUCUGAUGCACUUUAUGAACGAUAUUGUGAUUUUGAAUCAUCAUGGGACGAUUUAAAAAGUGGAUGUGAUAUUGUCUUCUUUGUUGGAACAUCACCGAAAAAAACAGAAUCCGGUAUUGUAUUAACAUCAUCAAGUGUUGUAUUGACAGAUGAAAAAAUUUCACAUGUUGGUGAUCCACGUGCUGUUCAACACACUUGUUGUCAUGUUGAACUUGUUGAUAUAUCAUCGAAUGAACUUUCUGAUUGGGAUGAGAUUUCUCUUCUGCUCAAUUCCUUACCACAUGUUAAAAUGAUUAAUAUGAGUUUCAAUCCAUUUCCAACAUCAUUUCAUGUUCUACCAGACGAUAUUCGAUGGCCUAAUCUAAAUACAUUAUGUCUCAAUGGUAGUCGCAUAUUGUUCGAAAUGAUUAUUGAACUUUUGAAAAAAACACCAAAUUUAGAAGAACUUCAGUUAUGUGCUAAUGGAUAUAAAUCAAUCGAACCUCCUUUAACCGACUUUAAACAUUCAAAACUAAAACGUAUUUACAUUUCAAAUAAUGAACUAGAACAAUGGAUGGAUUUAUGUCAGCUAGGUCUAUUAUUUCCACAGUUAGAAACCGUAAUUGCAAGUGAAAAUCCUCUACAAACAUUUCGUUUAAAUAAUUAUCAUGGACAAAUGUUAUUAAAUGUAAUUGAUUAUUUUCCAAAAUUAACGACAUUAAGCGUUAAUCAAGUACAAAUAAAACAAUGGGAUGAUAUCAUUGAGUUAAAUCAAAUUUCAAACUUAAAUACGUUAAGAAUACAUUCAGCACCAUUAUUCAAAUCUUAUAAACGAGAAGAACGAUUCUUUCUUGUUAUUGGUUAUAUGCCAAAAUUAUCAAAAUUUAAUGGUAGUUAUAUAACGGCCAAUGAACGUGAAACAAAUGAACGAAGAUUUAUUCGAUAUUAUGCUGAGAAGGAUGAUAAACCACAAAGAUACUAUGAUUUAAUAAAUAAACACGGUCCAUUAAAACCAUUGGUUGAUAUUAAAAUUCUUACACCUCAUUUGACUACCGUUCAUCUUGUCUAUAAUCAAUAUUCAAUCGAAAAAGAAAUUGAUCUAAGACAAACUGUUCAACAAUUUAAAAAAUUAUUAGAAACAGAAUUUCACGUGCCUGUAGCGCGCAUGAGAUUAUUUUAUAUUGAUGAAGUAGCAUUCAGUAUGGGCGCAUGUGGACCAGAAGAACUGAAAUAUCCACAACGAUUACUACACACCUAUAAUGUACAUGAUCAAGAUAAAUUUUAUAUUGAUCUUAAAAAUGAUAAAACAACAAUAAUAAAAAAACAUUCAGUUUCAAAGACAAAAGAAUCAAGUGUACGUCGAAAAAUGUUAGAUUCAACAUCGGCCCAACAAUCAGACGAAAUUAAUUAUCAACCAAAUUCGUCAAUUUCGAUAUCAUCCCACGAUGACAAACAGUCAGAUAAUCAAGAAGAAAAUCCAUUUUCAUUCAAUUAUAUUCAAACUUUUAAUAAUAAUAAACAACAGCAGAUUCAAGAACAAUUAAUGAAACUAGACGAUAUUGAUCAUUUAUUACCAUCUUUGACUACGAAUAUGACAACAACAACGGCGUAUGAUGACGAUUUGCUCGCUGCUGUUUGUGCUCGUGUGCUAACAACAAUGACAACUUCUUCAAAAUAA